AUGACAGAGGUAUAUAUUAUUGGGAACAUAGGGAAGAAAUCAGAGACCUGGGCAUAUGCAUGGCCCACAAAUAGCAAGUCAAUCCUCGCCAAAGGCCGAGUCGAGCAACCCAAUACCCCCAAAGCGCUUCUCUCUGGCGCCGUGGAAGGCGCAUUGUUCAUUAUGCUUGCUGACCCAACCCUUCCUGGGCGUGCAGCCAAUAGUUUAGAAGGCGAGAAACAAGGGGGUAACAGGACCGUAUCCUGGAUCAUCGACCCGCGGGUGUCGUGGCAGAGAGGCAGCCCGCCAAAGCCCGACUCGCUCGUCGGCUGGGCCACGAUCCAACUCGCGACCGGAAGCCCGGACAGCAAGACGUGGGAAGUCUAUCCCGUUCGCGCCUCGACCGGCAAGAAAUGGGACCCCGGCAAUCUGGACGGCAAUCUGUGGUACUAUUUCAAUACCACAGAGGUCCUGAAAUCGGGUGUUUCAGGUCGUGAGUCUAAUCUCUAG